GCGCGCUCUGAGUGUUUCUCUGCUACCACAAUUACGACCUAAUUACAUCAACCAUGGUCACUUCCAGGCAUUGAUCUGUAACUCGAAUCAAGCGCUGCGUUCCUCGGAGGUACAAGAAGAUGAAACGGUGAUAUUCCGUUGUUUGAAAACUUGACCGUCAAAUCACGAGGAGUUCCAGUCUGCAGAUGCACGCGACAGUUCCUGGUAAACGCCGUGACCGGGUGGGCUAACACAACUUAAAAAAAUCCUACAUGUCAUGCGAUGAUCGGGAACCUAAGGACCGGACACUUACAACGUGCCUCUAAUUAAAGACGCGACCCGCGAGGCUCAUGUUCCUGCGUAUAGGAGGGACAAUAAAAGCGCGCGACUCUUCUGCAAACGCCCCAAGACUUCAGACACUCGCGCACCACGAGUAUUUCAGUUCCCCGUGGCUUUGAAUUUAUGGAUGAGACUGACCACCCGCGCGUCCCACGCUCGUGUAUAAUAACGGACAGCUCGCUCCACUCGCUCACGGUUUCCGACGGGUUGCUGCGCGCUGAGCGCUUUCAUUCAAAGGACUUCUAUUCAACUUUUAAAUAAUCACCAAGCGCAUUUGGAGCACUCCAGUCUACAGGAAAACACAGAGUGGUACGGAACCGCGCGUGGUAAGGACACUACACCGGUUGUAUACCCUCUAGAUAUGGUAGCGAUGCGCACGCGGAGAGUUUCGGUUGUCAUGGGGCUCGUUCUGUUGCUCUGCAUUACCGGAAAAUGUGAUGAGAACAGGAAGAUUGACAAGGAGGCAAGGAAGCACAAAAACCUGUUCAGUCGGAUAAAAGACCUGGUCAGACACAUGGAGCAGAGCACAGGGGGACAGACUGCGCUGUCCGCGUUUGGGAGAGACACGAUGCUCGAGAGGCACAACUCGCAUAAACUCAAAACGGAGAGCGGCGAACCAAUAUUAGAAAUUUUCCCAAGGGAUCUCAGAAAAAAGGAGAAGUUUUUAAAACACUUAACAGGGCCUCUAUACUUCAGCCCCAAGUGCAGGAAGCAUGUGUACAGGCUCUACCACAACAGCAGGGACUGCACCACUCCUGCAUACUAUAAGAGAUGUGCGCGGCUUCUUACUCGGUUGGCGGGGAGUCCCAGGUGCCUGCAGAGCUAAAACUUCAACAGGCCAAAGCCAAGGCGGAGGAGACGGGAAAAGCAAAGUGCCUUUUGCAAAAGAGCAAAGAACCCAAACCAUCAGUCAGCGUUCAAUGAGCAGACCCACCCAGUCCAGGGCAGUCCUGCUGGAGAGGACAGGUGGACAGCGGGACGAGUGGAGGGGCUCAUACCACAGGGGAGAAGACAAAAGAAAAAAACAUCCUAAGCCAGAGACUGACCGAGCCUAAACCAUUUUAAAGGGGAAUGGAGCCACCUGUCUGUGUGUAGACGCACAUACAUUAAGCACAUGGAAAUAUGCCUUAAACAUAUGUGGCCACAAUCCUACUGCUUCAAAUGCAUAAAUCAAUAAUCCAAUAAAUUACUAUAAAUAGGAAAACAGUAACUCUUACUAUUUAUAAUGUCAUUGUUUUUCUUUCUGUGGUGCACCUUAGAGGAGGUGACCUUCACAUUGUGGCAAAGAAAAAAGACGUUUAGUUCACGAGCUUCACCACUGAACCUCCACUGUUAACGUAUUUUCUGCAUGAUGCUUUUCCAUUCUGUGUAUAUCAGAAGGCAUCUGUGGGGCAGGUAGAUGUUUGCUGUUAAAUGUUAUGACAAAAUGCGACUGUGGAAUAGUAAACUUAUUUUUUGAUGUACAUGAUGUAUAGAUGUGGAGAUGAGAGGUCAAUAUGUAAAUACUGUACAAAAAGAAGCCCUAUAAGACCUCAUAUCUAUAACAAGCAUAUGCUUUAUGUGACUGAUAUAUGGAGUGUUGAU